CAACCGGCCCCUCUGUCCCUGCCCCCUCCCCCAUCUCCUGCCCUUUGCAAUGAAAGACCCUGUUAACUCUUCUCCCCUUUAGCAGGCGGCCCGAGUCAGUGCAAAAUGCUGGGCAUGUACGUGCCGGACAGGUUUGCCCUGAAGUCGUCUAAAGUUCAGGACGGGAUGGGGCUCUAUACGGCCCGGAGAGUGAAAAAGGGUGAAAAAUUUGGCCCGUUUGCAGGAGAGAAGCGAAUGCCUCAAGAACUGGAUGAAAACACAGACUGCAGACUGAUGUGGGAGGUUCGAGGGAGUAAAGGCGAGGUCCUUUAUGUUCUGGAUGCUAGCAAUCCACGAUAUUCUAACUGGCUGCGUUUUGUCCAUGAGGCACCAUCGCAGGAACAAAAGAACCUGGCCGCCAUCCAGGAAGGUGAAAACAUUUUCUAUCUCGCUGUUGAAGAUAUUGAAACGGAUACAGAGCUGCUGAUUGGCUACCUUGAUAGUGAUAUGGAAGAAGCGGAGGAGGAGGAGGAGGAAGUGAUCCUUAACCAAGAAGAUGAAGACAAUAAUAAUAAUAAUAAUAAUAAUAGUAACAACAGCAAUAAAGAACUACAACAAGCUGGUGAGAAAGAUUCUCUCAGCUGCAAAGAGGACCACACAUGUCCAAAUUGUGAAUCCAGUUUUGCCAGCCAGGAGAUCCUAGCUGAACACCUUCAGACGCUGCACCAAAAACCUAGUGAGGAAAAGGAAUUUAAGUGCAGGAACUGUGGAAAGAAAUUCCCAGUUAAACAAGCCUUACAAAGACACGUCCUUCAGUGCACAGAGAAUGUCAAUCCAGGAGACACUUGGAGAAGUUUUCAGUGUUCUGUUUGCAAUACGUCCUUCAGCUCAGAGUCGAGUUAUGAGCAGCACAAAGAGGCAUGCAGAGGGGAUGCUAGAUUCAUAUGCAAGGCUGAUAGCUGCGGGAAGAGGUUCAAGAGUAAGGAUGCUCUGAAAAAGCACAAGGAAAAUGUUCACACUGGAAAUUCUAGGAAGAAGUUGAUGUGCUCUGUGUGCAAUAAGAAGUGUUCCUCGGCUACAAAUCUUCAAGAGCAUCGAAAGGUUCAUGAGAUCUUUGAGUGUCAGGAAUGUGACAAGAAAUUUAUUUCAGCUAACCAGCUAAAACGCCAUAUGAUAACUCACUCAGAAAAACGCCCCUACACCUGCGAGGUUUGCAAUAAGUCCUUCAAACGACUUGAUCAAGUGACUGCACACAAAAUAAUACACAGUGAAGAUAAACCUUAUAAAUGCAAGCUUUGUGGAAAGGGAUUUGCCCACAGAAAUGUUUACAAGAAUCACAAGAAGACCCACUCUGAAGAGAGACCAUUCCAGUGUGAGGAAUGCAAGGCUUUGUUUCGCACCCCAUUCUCUCUGCAGAGACACCUACUAAUACAUAACAGUGAGAGGACCUUCAAGUGUGAUCACUGUGAUGCUACCUUCAAAAGGAAGGACACGUUAAAUGUUCACAUCCAAGUUGUGCAUGAUGGACAUAAGAAAUAUAAAUGUGAUCUGUGUGACAAAGCCUUUGUUACACCUUCAGUGCUUAAGAGUCAUAAAAAAACACACACAGGGGAAAAGGAGAAAAUUUGCCCAUAUUGUGGACAGAAGUUUGCAAGCAACGGAACAUUAAGAGUUCAUAUUCGGAGUCAUACAGGUGGGAUCUUUCCCCGCAGGCAUUAAAGAACGGGCCAGCCUAUUAAAGGCCAAGUUGUACAACCCUUACUUGAGAGUUGGCCUCACUCAAAUGAAUUGAGUCAAUGGCUCCAAGAAGGCUAUACAUGCAGCAGUGAAACCCAGUGGGUCAGCUGUAAUGUAACCAAAGUGUGUCACUUUAAAAAACUAUUUCUCUAGACUGGCUCCAAUGCACACUUUUGCAAUUCCUCAACUUUUUGUUCAUGCGGAACAAAACAUCCAACAUCUUUCUGUCAAGCACUCAAGGACGAGCAUCUCAAACAGUGAAAUGAAGACCUGAAAGGGAGCGGGGGAGGUCUGCCUUGCUGCAAGUCAGAAUGAAUGUCCCCAUAGUCAGCUGUACCUUCCCUUCAUGCGCUCUGUGGCCUUGGGCAAAUCAUUGCAACUUGUCCUGAGUUUUCCCAUCUUUAAAAUGGAGAUAAUCUUUCUUACUUACUUACCUUACAGGGUUGAUGUGAAGGUCAGUUAAUGUUUAUAUAGUGCUUGGAACCUGUCAAAGUUCUGCAUGCAUGCAAAGACUUUUUUUUAUGAACAACUGAGUUUUCCUAGAUUGUCUGAAAGGGGUUUGUUGUAUCUGCACAUAAAGGUGUGUUCUCCAGGCAGCAAUGUGAUUAGCUGGAACAGAUUCCAUUUAGUUGGAAAAUUAGUUAGCGUAGAUUAGCUUGUUGAAAAAUAUGUUUAGCGAUGGAAGCAAUCUGAUUUUGUUGAUAAGCCUUUUGUGUGCAAUUAGCCUAGAUGCUGGAGUCUUAUUCCAGGAUAUUGCCUAAACUACUCAAAAAGAAAAAUUUACGUAAGAAAUUGUAAAAUUUAUCAUUAGUUUUAAAUUAUGGAAUAGCACAGAAAACCUCUACUGAGUGGAUCUGA